AACCCUGAACAUUUCUGAGGAAACACGUAUUGUACCAGAGCCUCUGCAGCAGAGUUACUGAAGAAGACAAAAAACAGAAAAGCAUCUCGAUGGCAUCUGUUGGGAUUCAGAUUCUGGGCAUUGCCCUAGCCAUAAUCGGAUGGAUUGGAACUAUUAUCAUCUGUGCUCUGCCCAUGUGGAAGGUGACGGCUUUCAUCGGAAGCAACAUUGUGACAUCUCAAACCAUCUGGGAGGGUCUCUGGAUGAACUGUGUGGUGCAGAGCACCGGGCAGAUGCAAUGCAAGGUCUACGACUCCAUGCUGGCUCUCCCUCAGGAUCUCCAGGCAGCUCGAGCCUUGGUUGUGAUUGCUCUUUUGGUGUCUCUUUUUGCUCUCCUGCUGUCCAUCGUUGGAGGAAAGUGCACCAACUGCGUGGAGGAUGAAUCUACCAAAGCCAAGGUCUGCAUUGUCUCAGGCAUCAUCUUCAUCAUUGCUGGAGUCCUCACCAUGAUCCCUGUCUGCUGGUCUGCCAACACCAUCAUCAGGGACUUCUACAACCCUUUACUCACUGAUGCCCAAAGGAGGGAGCUUGGUGCUUCUUUGUACAUUGGAUGGGGUGCUGCUGGUCUUCUGAUCCUUGGAGGAGGUCUGCUCUGCUGCUCCUGUCCCCCUCAGGAUAACAGGCCCUACUCUACUAAAUAUUCUGCUGCAAGAUCUACAGCUACAAGCAAGGCUUAUGUGUGAAACUUAACAAGAUUUAAAGAAGGGACGUGUUGAGUUAGGCUAUAUGUAUGUGUCAGUUUUCUACCUUUCCCUGCCUUUUUAUUUGUGUGUAAUUGUGUGCUUUCAUCUGCUUUGCUAUUUUGUACUCUAUUUCUUGCAAAUGACAAGGAAGUGCUAAAAUAUGGUACUUCAUUGUGGUAAAAAGUGCCACUAACACACAAAUUUACUGGUUAAUUUGUAUAUCAGGUACAACUGCUAGUAUUUGGAAAUAAGAAAAAGCAGGGAAAUAUUUUACAGCUUUAGAAAUAAUUACAUUUUUGAUGGCCUGUGUUCAUUUUAUUUUAUGUAUAAAAAACUGUGAGAAAAAACUUGGAAUAGAAGUUUGGAACUUUUAGAAAUUUUUCUACAAGAGCCUACCUUUUUCUUUAUAAGCUAGUAAAGUGGAAGCAUACAUUGUUUUUUAAUUACAUUUCAGAAUUUUAACAAUGUAAACAUUUCAUUUGUGAUUUUUUUCAGAUAACCGUGCAUAUUUA